AUGUAUCGUCUCGCAUUUAAUUUAGCUCGCAAAGCCGACAUCGCAUCUUCUUCGGGUUCGCUUUGCUUUCUCGCAGACUUCUCGGCGACUUCCGCAGCAUUUUUCUUGUCGGCGGCAUCGAGUAUACGCUCAGGUGACUUCUCUGGUUCAGGCACAGCUUGUGGUAAUUUGCUAUCCUUGGCUGGCUUCUUGCGAGACACUUUCGAAUCUUCCUCCUUAUCACCGCGUUUGGAUGCCCGUCCCUCCGUUGGCAAUACUCCGUUGGCUUCCGUGUGGCUUUCCGUGGACGUUGUUUUCUUUCGAGCCGCCACGGUCUUUGGUUUUUCCUUGGAAGACGGUGUUUUUUCUUUCUUCUCUACUGACGUCUCCUUUGCCUUAUCGGUUUUGCUGGGAGUAACCCGCUUCUUGUCACUGGGUUCCGACGAUUUUGCAAGUGAGGCUGGCCCGUUUUCAACCGUUUCAUCAUGUUUCUCCAAGGAAUCUGACUUUGCCGCUUUCUCGCCCAAUUUCUUUGCUGUAUCUUUCGCUUUUUUGAGGCGGUCUUGCUCAGCUCCUUCCUUCGCAGCAGAGCCAGGCUCAGCUUUCCUAGAAAGUGCCGCAACUUUUAUAGAGGUAGGUUUCUUUUCAUCUGAUUCCGUCGCUUUGUUCUUAAGCGCCUGUUUUGCUUUUAUCUCCGACGGUUUCAAUGGUCUUGGAGCAGCACUUUCUUCAUUCGUUUCUGCAGGUUUCUUUGCAGGAGCUGCACUCUUCUUGGGCGGAGCAGGAGCUGCUUUUGCAUCUGUGGCUUUCUUCGGAGCGACCACAGGUUUUUCUUCAGCGUCCUCCUGUUUCUUUGCUGUUUUCGGGGCAGCUUUCGGAGAAGCAGCUGAUUUCGUGGUAGAUUUCGGUACUGUUCCAUCCGUUUUCGCUUUCGUGACUUCCAGCUUCUCGUCUUUUUUUGGUGCUGCUACCUUGGCUGCGUCUUUUUUAUCAACCACUGAAGCAUUUUUUUCUUUAGCUGUAGAGGGCACAGAGGGUUUAGUAACUGGAGGUUUAGUAGCGGUUGGCGUAGGUUUCUUGACAGCUGGUGUUGAUUUUGGAGCCGCUUCCUUAGCGUCCUUAGCCUUAGCGAGAGGCUCCUUUGCUGCGGUGGUUGCGGCUUCUUUUUUAGGCACCUUUUUAGGUUCCUUGGGGAGCUUGGGCACAGGAUUCUUCGCCAGUUCCUCAGCUUCCCAUGCGGCCUUUCUCGCCGCUUCACGACGAAGCACUCGUUUCAGUUCGCCGUUCCGCAAUGUGGCAUUUUCGACUUUGUGCCGUCCUUCUGGGAGUCGAAGAUUCACAGAGAUCUGCAGAAAUGUUGGAUUUAUCGUGAAGUUGACGAUAGAAACAAGAAACAGCCAUAACACGGCACUCAUAAGACUUCAACAAAAGUAA